AUGAAGUUCCUCGCUGCCGUCACUGUCGCGCUCUCGGCUACCGCCGGUGCCAUGGCGCAGAGCUCAGGCAACGCUACUGCGUUUGCCGAAGGCCUGCUGAGCGCUCUGCGCGCCAACAACCUCUCGCGUCUCGCGGAUGCGGUGGGCAACAACUCACAGCAGCUGCUCGGCGCGCUUCAGGGUGGGAACAAGACAGUUCUUGCUCCCUCCAACCAGGCGUUCCAGGCGCUGGGUAACAAUGUUGACACGAACGAUCUCAUCGCUACGCUUGCUUACCACGUGAUCAACGGUUCGAUCAGCACCAACCAGCUGGGCACGAACAACAAGACGAUCGCUGCCUCGGCGCUCAACUCUUCCGAGUACGUUACGCUGCCGCGCAACCGCAGUCAGGUGGUGGUGCUAUCCAAGCACGCCAACAACAACACAGCGUACGUGCAGCUGCCCACCGGCAACGUUUCGUUCGCUCUGACGCAGGACGGACCUCAGUACCAGAACAUCCGCGUACAGCCGAUUGACCAGGUGCUGCGCAUUCCCGAAGACAUCACGGACGUGGCUGCAUCGCUGGGUGCUACGCAGCUGGACGAGUUGUUGGACACGGCUGAUCUGGGUGAUGUGCUGGACCGUUCGUUUGUGACCGUGUUUGCUCCCAACAACCAGGCGAUUCAGCAGGUGCAACAGACCGUGCAGAGCGCUACGCCCGAACAGCGCGCUGCUGUGCUGCUCAACCACGUGAUCAACGGCACGGUUGUCUACUCGACUUCGCUCGCCAACACGCCCAGCGCCAUCAGCGCUGCUGGUAACGAGUUGCAGUUUGUCGCAAACUCCACCGGCGCUUUUGUCACGAGCGGAAACAUCACGGCUAGGAUCAUCGCCAGCGACUUUGUCGCCAAGAACGGUGUUGUCCACAUCAUCGACCGGGUGCUUCUCAACACCACCCAGAACACCCAGGCUGCCGCUUCUGCUUUCAACUCGGCUACUGCGGCCGCUGCUACCCAGACUGCUGCUCCCGGCGUUGGCGGUGGAAGCGGUUCUGGCUCUGGUUCCGGCUCCGGCUCCGGCUCGGGCGGAAGCGGUAACACUGCUAACGCUCUCAAGGUCAGCACCGGUGCUGCCGCCAUCGCUGCGCUCCUCGGAUCCGGCUUCUGGCUUCUCGCUUAA